AUGAGGAAGGACGUGAGGAUACUUCUUGUUGGGGAACCCAAGGUGGGCAAGACAUCAUUGAUCAUGUCUCUCGUCAGUGAGGAGUUUCCUGAUGAGGUUCCUCUGCGAGCUGAGGAGAUCACCAUCCCUGCCGAUGUCACCCCAGAGAGGGUGCCGACACAUAUUGUGGAUUAUUCAGAGGCUGAGCAGUCAGAUGAGCAACUAUAUCAAGAAAUCUCUAAAGCAAAUGUUAUCUGCAUAGUGUACUCUGUCAACAACAAGAAGUCAAUUGAAAAGGUGACAAGUCAUUGGAUUCCUCUCAUCAAUGACAGGAUAGACAAAGACAGCAGGGUGCCAUUGAUACUAGUGGGCAACAAGUCUGACCUGGUGGAGCACAGUAGCAUGGAGACUAUACUGCCUAUCAUGAAUCAAUACCAGGACAUUGAGACGUGCGUGGAGUGCUCUGCCAAAAAUCUGAAGAACAUCUCAGAGCUUUUCUACUAUGCCCAGAAGGCAGUUCUACAUCCUACAGGACCUCUGUACUGUCCAGAAGAGAAGGAGCUGAAGCCUUCCUGCAUUAAGGCUUUAACUCGAAUCUUCAAAGUGUCUGACCUGGACAAUGAUGGCAUUUUGAAUGACAACGAGCUCAACUUCUUUCAGAGAACCUGUUUUAACACACCACUGGCAUCCCAGGCUUUAGAGGAUGUUAAAAAUGUAGUAAGAAGAAACAUGGCUGAUGGAGUCAAGGACAAUGGUCUCACACUUAAAGGCUUCUUGUUCCUGCACACCCUUUUCAUACAGCGCGGUCGACACGAGACCACCUGGACUGUGCUCAGGAGGUUUGGUUAUGAUGAUGACCUGGAGCUCACACAGGAAUAUCUCUUCCCCGUAGUCAAGAUCCCUCCUGACUGCACCACAGAACUAAACCACAACGCUUACCUCUUCCUUCAAAGCGUAUUUGACAAGCAUGACAAAGACAGAGAUUGUGCACUGUCGCCAGAGGAGGUGAAGGACCUGUUCAAAGUUUUCCCUUACAUGCCAUGGGGUCCAGACGUAAACCACACUGUGUGUACGAAUGACCAAGGAUGGAUCACAUACCAGGGAUACCUCUCCCAGUGGACGUUAACGACGUAUCUGGAUGUCCAGCGGAGUUUGGAGUAUUUGGGUUACCUGGGUUACUCUAUCAUUUAUGAGCAGGAGUCUCAAGCAGCUGCCAUCACAGUGACGCGCAACAAGCGCAUCGAUCUACAGAAGAAACAGACGCAGCGCAGCGUCUUCCGGUGCAAUGUCCUGGGGGCGCAAGCAAGCGGGAAGAGUGGAUUUUUACAGGCCUUUCUAGGAAAGAACCUCCAGCGACAGAGGCGGAUUAGAGAAGACCAUAAAUCACUGUAUGCCAUCAGCACAACCUAUGUGUACGGUCAAGAGAAAUACCUGCUACUCCAUGAGAUGAUGCCAGAUUUUGACUUUAUGUCGGAGGCGGAUCUCGCUUGUGAUGUGGUGUGCCUGGUCUAUGACAUCAACAAUCCCUAUUCUUUUGAAUAUUGCGCUAAAAUGUUUAAGCAAUACUUCAUGGACAGCAAGACUCCUUGCGUGGUGAUCGGCUCCAAAUCGGACCUGCACGAAGUUCGGCAGCAAUACAGCCUUUCUCCACAUGAGUUUUGUCGCAAACACAAGCUCCACCCGCCCCAGCCGUUCACAUGCAACACAAUCAACGCCCCCAGCAAAGACCUCUACACUCGAAUCACCACCAUGGCCAUGUACCCCUACGCCCGUCUCCGCUGCAUGUGCGCCUGCAACAAGUGUACCUAUUGCCUGUGUCAGAACCUCCUCAAGAUGGAGUUGCUGCGCAGCAUUAAGGCCCAGCUGCGCAGAGUCGUUCACAACAGGCAUAUGGCUCAAGCUGACCUGAAAAACUCGACUUUCUGGUUGCGGGCCAGCGUCGGUGCCACCGUAUUUGCCGUGUUGGGCUUCGCCAUGUACAGAGCGCUUCUCAAACAUCGGUGA